GGCCGACGUGAUAUGAGGUGGCAACCACGAGGCAUUGGAGGCACAGGUUUUAGUCGGCCACUUCCUCGUAUGAUGGGAGUAGUCCAGGCGCACAGUACAACUUCCCCUAUUACACGAGAUGCUGGCAGUACGGGAAGCUCUGAACGCAGCAAACAGUCCUCCCCCAGAGUCGUUACAGUGUAUCAGUGCAGUCUCCGCGCACAGUCCCGUCAUGUCCACUUUGGCCGCUGCGAGCUGUGAUUCGGCCCCUGCGAGUGCAGAGACGCAGGAGAAGAAGCCGUUAAAGCCGUGCUGUGCCUGUCCGGAGACCAAGAAAGUGCGGGACACCUGCAUCAUCGAGAAGGGAGAGGAGCACUGCCAGGAUCUGAUAGAGGCCCACAAAGAGUGCAUGAGGGCCCUCGGCUUCAAAGUGUGACCCCCCCUACCCGUCUGGGAGGUCUGGAGUGUAUGGGUGUGUUGUGUGUGCUGCUUGGAGACCUUAACUUAUUUCUUGGUGUGAGGCUGUCGCUGGAGGAGGAACGGAAUGCAGAUUUCGGGGACGCGUUGAUCAGAUCUUCCUGCUGGUUUAAUCAUUAAAGUUUAUUUUUGGAAUCUAAUAAAAAUGCUGUGAGACUCUC